CUAGCGCACUUUUCUGCUUUUGUGCGCCAAUAAGGCUGCGUCGUGAAUGCGCGGGUGGCGAGGCGUGCUUUCGUCUGUGGGCCAACGAGUGAUCAAGAAAUUUUAAGCGACCGGAACGCGCUAAUCGUGGCACUGCACGUCCCGCUCACUUAUCGCCGUGCGGACACACCGCGUGCAUCCUGAUUUCAAUCGCUGACUCGGAUCUUCAUGCACAAGUCUGCGAUGCAAAUGCACGCAAGAGAUGUGAUGCACCGCAGCGAGGUGAAACCGCACCAGUGCCAGCAGUGCCUCAAGUCGUUCUCGUCCAACCACCAGCUGGUGCAACACAUCCGCGUGCACACGGGCGAAAAGCCCUACAAGUGCUCGUACUGCGACCGCCGCUUCAAGCAACUCAGCCACGUCCAGCAGCACACCCGUCUGCACACCGCAGGAGGCAGUGCCCACGCGAAGCCCGCGGCUAACAAGCACCCGCCGGCCCUUGUUGCAGGCGAACGGCCGUAUAAAUGCCAUCUCCCGGAGUGCGGACGGGCCUUCAUCCAGCUGUCGAAUCUGCAGCAGCACCUGCGCAACCACGACGCACAAGUGGAGCGCGCAAAGAACAGACCUUUCCACUGCAACAUCUGUGGAAAAGGCUUUGCCACGGAAUCUAGCCUACGGACACAUACGUCCAAGCAACAUGCGGCGUUGAUAGGGGGGCCUAACGCCACCUCAUGCCCCAUCUGCCAUAAACUCUUCCUGGGAGGAGAAGCACUUAUGGAACAUAUGAAACAUACGCACAAAGACCCCAAUGCAUCUGGAGUGGCAACGAAGCGGAGGACAGCAAAUCAUCCAUGUCCAGUGUGCGGAAAACACUACGUGAACGAAGGCAGCUUGAGGAAGCAUCUAGCCUGUCACCCGGAAACGUCGCAGUUCACUACAUCACUUCGAAUGUGGCCAUGCUCCGUAUGUCAGGCCGUGUUCACACAUGAAUCUGGGCUGCUGAGCCACAUGGAGCAUAUGCGCAUGGACCCGAAGCAUCAGUUCGCCGCGCAGUAUGUGCUGAGCCGCGCGGCGGCGGAGCGGCGCGAACGCGAGUCGCUGCUGGCGGCCGCGGUAGCGGCGUCGUCGGCGGGUGGGCUGGCCGGGCUGGGCGGCGGCGGCGGGCCCUCGUCCAUGUGCGCUAGCCCCUCUGCACACUCCGACAGCUCGUCUGGCGGCGGCCGCCUCUCAAGCACGGGCUCCGAGCCCGGCGGCAUCAUCAACAACAACAACAAUAACAACAAACUCGGCGACCUCCUGGGCGGUCGCAGCGGAACCAACGGCCUCCACCAGCAGUACGGCGCCGAGGACUUGCACAACGCCAGCCGCAUGGCGGCCAUGGCGGCUAUCGUGGGACAGGUGGGCCAGUCCUCGGCCGGAAUGUCUGGAGGGCUGGGCACCUCCGGCUCUGGCACGCUUGGCGUCGAUACGAGCACCGCGGCGGCCGUCCAGGCGGCGGCCGUCAACCUGGCCACGGCUAUGCGCAUGGGCGCAUCGGGACUAGGCGGAGUCUCCUCGCCUGGGGCUAACAACGGCAACGGCAACGGCGGCUCGGCUGCCGGCCCGGGCUCCUCGUCUACGCCGCCCGCCACGGGCGACGGCGGCGUCUCAGCCGCGCAGGCCCAGGCCGCGCAGCAGGCGGCGCAGGCAGCGCAGGCGGCGCAGGCUGCGCAGGCUCAGGCCGCCAUGAACGCUGCGAUGCGCGCCGCCUCCAUGGCCGAUUCCAUGCGAGCGGCCUCCAUGGCUGACUCUAUGCGUUCAAUGGACGCGGCCAUGCGCUCCUCCAUGGUGGUGGACUCUGCGAUGAGGCUGGACUCCAUGACGAGUCACCACCACGGUGGCCACCAGUCGCACCACAACCAUCAGCAGUCGUCGCCGGAGGCGGCCGCGCUAAGGAUGCACCAGGCCGAGGCGCUGCUGCGCUCGCAGGCCGAGGCGGCGCUGCGCCUUGCCGUAAGCCAGGCCGCUGCCGUCGCCGCCUCAAGCAACAGCGGCUCGGGCAACGGUGACGGGGGUUCCCCGUCCCUCCGGCAUCACAACAUGGCAACUGCCGCCCACAGUGGUGGCAACAGCAACGGCAGUGCCAUGAACCAUCACCAUGCGCAUCACAAUCAAGUAUCUCCGGAUCUCAGUGAGGCGCUGCGGUUACAGGAACAAAGAUUGGAACAGGCGUUGCGAUUACACGGUGGAGACCCGCGAACGCUUGGCUUUUCUUUGUCCGGCAGUUCUGCAAAUUCUCAGAAUCAGCAGCAGAACAACAACCCAUGA